AUGCUCGCUGCAUCGCACGCGCCACGCUUCAAACCGUGGGCCCCGGUGCCCGUGCAGCCCGAUGGCCGGAAGCUGGCCUACAUGUUUUACGCGACCGACGACCUCCAAGCCUGCCACGCGCUCAUGGCCGGCACGAAAAUCCGCGCACUUGGCACGCCGUCGUUCAUUGAGAUCGUCGCGCUGGUCACGGAAGACGUCUCGGCGCAGGCGCGCCAGGUCUUGAUGGACGGCGGCGUGCGUCCGCUGAGUGUCGCCGCCUGGCGGCGCACGACGGGCGGCCAAGAAUACAUCGUGUCGCUUACAAAGCUGCGCAUCUUCCAAGAGCUCGGGUACGAUCGCGUCAUCUACAUGGACUCGGACGUGAUCGUCGUGAAGAACCUCGACGAGCUCUUCAACCUUCCGCACGCAGUCUUUUGGGCACCCCGCGCGUACUGGCUUGAGGACAAGCAGCCGCAUAUCACGUCGGUAUUGCUCGUCGUGGACCCGAACAAUGAGCUCUUUCAGCAUCUCGAGUACGCGAUUGAGAAUGAAGCCCAGGUGCUCUUCGACAUGGACGUUCUCAACGAAGUGUGGCGGCAUGUGGCCGGCAUCCUUCCCUCCGAGUUCAUGGUGCUGACGGCGAAUCUCAAGGAAAAUGUCGACAGGUAUCUCUUCGGGUACAAGUCGCUCGACGACCGCGUCAACCAUACCUACAUGUAUCACUUCUCGGGCGGGCACAGCAAGCCGUGGUUCAUGGACUCGGACACGAUCGAGCGCCAACCCGACGUCAUCCCGCUCUACUACGAUCUGUACCUCGAGUACUGGACCCAGCGACGGGCCCUAUGCUCCUUUCUGCGAUAACUUGUGAACAUGACAUUUUCCUGGAA